AUGGCACCCCAGCAAGCUUCACAAACAAACACCGUCCUCGACGCUCUCGACGUAAUCACCUCGCACCCCCGUCCCUUCAAGUCUCCCUCCUGGAAGCCCGCUGCCCGCCGUACCAAGACCCUCAAGCAGAUCCUCACCGACGCGACACGCUCUCAAACGGCUACGCAGAAUAACUCCGGGACCUCCACGCCUUUGCCGCCCGCUGCGAUGCCCCAGCCUAUCGGGGCUACUUACUCCAACAUUGAGAGUGCGCCGUCGCUCCAUCCGGCCCACACAAAGAAGUGGUGCGACAUUACGGGGCUCCCGGCCAAUUACACGGAUCCGAAGACGAAGCUGAGGUACACGAAUAAGGAGGUCUACUCGGCGAUCAGGCAGCUGCCGCCCGGCGCCGCGGAUCGCUAUUUGGAGCUGAGAGGUGCGAAUGUCGUGCUGAAGUAA